AUGGCAGACACCGCCGCUGCCCAGACAGCCACGCCGGCGACCAACUCGCCUGCAGCGCCAGCAACCGGCGCCGCCGCGGGGACCACGAAUGCGUCCGCUGACCAGAAUGCCACGAGUCGCGGAUUACCAUACUACGAGAAGUUGCGACGGGAAUUGAGAGAUACGAUCGCGAACAAGCGCGCGAUGGACAGGUGCAUGGCCCAACUCGAAGACCAAAUCUACCGCUUCGAGCAAUCCUACCUCGAAGAAACCACCGCCGGAAACAUCAUCAAAGGCUUCGACAACUACAUCAAAGGCUCCUCGAGUGGUUCAAGUCUCGGUGCGUCCGGACUAAGCCUAGGCUCUGGCGUCGGAGGCCGCCGAAAGGCAGCAGUCACAGACUCGGAUCGGGUGUUCUCCAAAAGCUCCGCAAGCUACAUGAUGGAUUCCCCUGGCCCUUCGUCGACACAGACGACACCCUCCCACGCCGCAACCCCGACAUCAACUACUGGCGGCAACAUUCCUCCAAAAAGUAAUGGUGACGGUGGUGCGAAGAACACCAGUGGCUCAUCGAAGAAUAAGAAGAAGGCUUCUGGUGGGUCGAAGAACACAAAGGGGAAAAUCCAGACGGACGAGUUCUCAGAUGAUGGUGGGGAUAAGCCGCCUGUUAAGCGAUUGAAGAUCAGCUACGGGAGGGAUUAA